AUGACCUUUGACUUGAACGCACUCAAGGAACCCAUAACCCGAAUCUUGUCUGCUCCCGGUGUCGACCUCACAACCAUCAGUGCAAAGAGCGUCCGAAAACAAUUGGCGACAUAUGGCUCGCUCGGGCUUACUCCGGAGGAACUGAAAGCACGGAGACCUGAAGUCGACAAACUCAUUGCGGAUGUUUACGCGACAGUGAGCCAGGCAGCGACGAACGGAAUUAAUGAUGCAUUGAAGCGAAAACGUGACGAUCAGGAAGGAGAAGGUAGCACUGCCGCAGAUGAACAGGCAGAGGCAAGCGAGGCUGGAGGAAAUGGUGUGGACGACCAGGAGUCCAAACCCGUGACGAAGAAGGAAAAGAGAACGGUGGAACAGAGCGACGCAGAGUUUGCAAGGAAGUUAUCCUCGGAAAUUAACGGUCGAUCCCGAAGGACGACGUCUGCUAGCCCCAGAAAGACGAAGCGAAAGGCGAUGAAAAGUUCUGAAACCGUGGACUCGGAAGACGACGGUAAUGACGGCGUGGUGGGGAAGAAGAAGAAACGAAGUGGUGGUGGUGGUGGUGCAAAAGGAGGGUUUGCAAAGCAAUACACACUAAGUCAACCACUCUCCGUAGUGGUUGAAGAAGAGAGGUUAUCGCGACCACAGGUCGUUAAGAAGCUAUGGGAGUACAUCCAUAAACACGAGCUUCAAAAUCCCUCGAAUAAAAAGGAAAUUAUGUGUGAUGACGCUCUACGGGCAGUCUUUGCUGUCGACAAAAUCGACAUGUUUCGUAUGAAUAAAGUGCUUGGGCAGUGA